AUGUCGUCGACAUUAGCUUCAUCGGCCGUCGCAUCGGCGACGGCUGUCGCAAAGGCACCACCACAGGGUGGUGUGCUUGAGGGUGUCAAUCCUGUCCAUUUUGAUGCCAAGAAUCCUAUCAUCCUAUUCAUCGUCCAGGCCUCAAUCAUCAUCAUAUUUUGUCGCGCCCUUAACUGGCCUCUCGCGAAGAUGCGCCAGCCUCGUGUCAUAUCCGAAAUCAUUGGCGGCAUUCUGCUCGGACCUUCCGUGUUUGGUCGCAUCCCAGGAUUUUCAGAGUCUAUCUUUCCAGCUCAGUCGAUGACCAAUCUGAACCUUGUCGCCAAUCUCGGUCUUACACUGUUUCUCUUCAUUAUUGGGCUGGAAGUAGAUCUACGCUUUCUACUCAGCAACUGGAAGGUGGCCCUCAAUGUUGGUAUAGUCAGCAUGGCUAUCCCGUUUGGCAUGGGAUGUGCCAUUGCCGUUGGACUCUACGAGUUCAAGAAUGAGCCAGGCAUGGUGGAAAUUGACUUCGCUAUCUUUAUGUUGUUUAUUGGUGUAGCUAUGGCUAUCACUGCCUUCCCUGUGCUCUGUCGUAUCCUCACAGAACUCAAACUUCUUAUGACCCCGGUCGGUGUCAUUGUACUGUCGGCCGGUGUGGGCAACGAUGUUGUUGGCUGGGUUCUUCUUGCCUUGUGUGUUGCCCUUGUCAAUGCAGGCUCAGGUCUCACAGCACUCUGGGUGCUUUUGACGUGUGCAGGCUAUAUGCUGUUCCUGAUAUACGCAAUUCGACCCGUAUUUGUAUGGGUUUUGCGUAGAUCUGGAGCUCUCCAGGAUGGUCCCAGCCAGGGGAUUAUCAGCCUUACACUCAUUAUCGCCUUGGGCUCCGCCUUCUUCACUGGCAUCAUCGGUGUACAUCCCAUCUUCGGAGCUUUUAUGGCAGGUCUUAUCUGCCCUCACGAGGGCGGUUUUGCCAUCAAGGUCGCUGAGAAGAUUGAAGAUCUGAUUGGCGCUUUGUUCCUGCCCUUGUACUUCACGCUUUCCGGACUCAAUACCAAUAUUGGUCUUCUCGACUCCGGAAUUGUUUGGGCCUAUGUCGUUGGUGUAGUCGCUGUCGCCUUCUUCUCAAAGUUCAUUGGCGCUACACUAGCAGCGCGGUCAACGAAGAUGUUGUGGCGCGAGUGCUUUGCGAUCGGAUCUUUGAUGAGUUGCAAGGGUCUUGUAGAGCUGAUUGUCCUAAACAUUGGACUUAAUGCUAAGAUCCUCAGCACGCGAACAUUCACUAUCUUCGUCGUCAUGGCCCUCGUCACGACAUUUGCGUCGGCUCCCUUGACCAUGUACUUUUACCCACCUUGGUACCAGAAGAAGGUAGAGGCCUGGCGCCGUGGUGAGAUCGAUUGGGACACUGGUAAGCCUCUGGACGGUACCGAUAAUGUCCAGGAUGGCAUCCACUACGACAAAUUGGCGGCCGAGAAGAUCAAGCGAGUCACAGUAUAUUUGCGUCUUGACAGCAUGCCUAAUCUGCUUGCUUUCACGUCGUUGUUUGGAGGAUCUCAGAAGCCUGCGCCAAAGGUCCACCCUUCGAUCGCCGCCAGCACAAGCAAAGAAAGUGGCGAAUCCUCUUUGGAUGAAGUCGCUCCCAAUCGACCUGUCGAGGCGUAUGGUCUGCGCCUGCUCAACCUGACAGAUCGCGGCUCGUCCGUCAUGCAGGUCUCCGAAAUGGAAAGCUACACAGCCUACGAUCCCGUUGUGAACACGUUUCGCACCUUCGGCCGCCUACACAACCUCGCCGUCAGCGGCGAAGCCCUUGUCGUCCCUGAGUCCUCUUUCGCCGAAACCCUCAGCACCCGCGCUUCAGACUCGAAUCUGCUCCUCCUUCCGUGGAGCGAAACAGGCGGUAUGUCGGAACAAGCUAUCAUUGAAGACAAAGGCACCAAGAACAAGCUUGCGGCAUCGUCUUAUAUUGCAUUCGUAAACUCCACAUUCGAACAAUCCAGUAUCCCCGUUGCGGUCCUCGUGAACAAGAAUUUUGGCGGCAGCAAGAACAAGGACCGUAAACAAGGGCUCAGACUCACGCGCACAUACAGUAGCGUGAGCUUGCAUGCAGACCAGGCCGUCACAGCGCCCAUUGCAGACCGCAGCCACCACAUCUUCUUCCCCUUCUUUGGCGGCAACGACGACCGUGCUGCGCUUCGCCUCGUCCUUCAGCUUGCGGAGAACGCGCAGGUCACUGCUACGCUCGCGCAUUUCGAUGUGCCCGACCAGUAUCUCGGGCCACCCGCAGCCUCUACCUCUACGUCGACCAUAGCAACUGCAAGCAAAGCCGCCGGCGAAAUAGUAGUCACAACCAGCACGACAGCACCAUGCACGCGCGAGCAAGACGCCGCUUUCUUCGCCUCUCUGCGCGCCUCUCUGCCUGCCGAGCUAGCCAACCGCGUCGUUUUCGAAACCGUCACUUCGGCGCAGCCCGUCACGGAUGUGCUUGCACGCGCAAGCAUCGAGGUUGGACAAGCGCCCAAGAACGCGGGAGAUUUGAUUGUGCUAGGGCGCAACAUUGGUAGGAACAGCGCGCUGGGAUCGGACAAUGCAGACGAGAUCCGCAGCGUCUCGAGCGCGUCGAGCACCCUGGGCUUGUUGGCUGAGAAGGUGUGGGAGCGCAAGCUGGGCGCUAGUGUGCUUGUUGUCCAGGCUGGUUCUUGUGUUACGAGCUAG